AUGGCCAGCGUUAUCAGCAAGAGCUUGGUACUGGUUUCCCUGUUGGGGCUCCUGGCGCUGCUCCUGUGCGGCACCUCCGACGCACAAAGCAACCAGGACUGCUGCCUGUCUUACACCAAAGGGCGUCUGCCUCGAUGGGCCCUAAAGGGUUAUACUGAACAACUCUCCAGUGAAGUCUGCGAUAUCCAUGCAAUCAUUUUCCACACCUACGGUGGACUGAACGCCUGUGUAAAUCCUAAGGAAGGCUGGGUGAAGAAGCAUCUUCUUUUCCUGAGCCAUAAGCUCAAGAAGAUGUCAAUGUGAUACGGUUUCCAGCAGGGAACUAAACACAGACGUGGCUGAAGAACCACAAGGUUCAACCUCAGUGGAGAUCGUCGUCUUGUACACUGUUGUGUGCUUACUCAUCACUAUCUCUGGCUUCUUUGGAACCGUUGAACUUCUUGAGUUGAUUCAUAUUGCAUCGCUGUUUUGCUUGAAUUAAGCAUUUUGUUAACAUUUCUAUUUUUACUAAUA